ACUCAGCCACCUGUGACAAACUUGAGUGUCUACGUUGAGAAUCUCUGCACAGUUAUAUGGACUUGGAAUCCUCCUGAGGGAGCCAGCCCAAAUUGUAGUCUAUGGUAUUUUAGUUAUUUUGGUGACAAACAGGAUAAGAAAAUUGCUUCAGAAACUCGUCGUUCAGAAGAAGUUGCCCUGAAUGAGAGAAUUUGUCUGCAAGUGGGGUCCCAGUGUAGCACCAAUGAAAGUGAGAAGCCCAGCAUUUUGGUUGAAAAGUGCACCUUGCCCCCUGAAGGUGAUCCUGAGUCUGCUGUGACUGAGCUCCAAUGCGUUUGGCACAACCUGAGCUACAUGAAGUGUUCUUGGCUUCCUGGACGGAAUACAAGUCCUGACACUAAUUAUACUCUCUACUACUGGCACAGCGGCCUGGGAAAAAUUCAUCAGUGUGAAAAUAUCUAUAGAGAAGGUCAACGCAGUGGUUGUUCCUUUGAUCUGACUAAAGGAAAGGAUUCCAGUUUUGAACAAAACAGUGUUCAGAUAAUGGUCAAGGAUAAUGCAGGGAAAAUCAGACCAUCCUUCAAUAUCGUGCCUUUAUCUUCCCGUGUGAAACCUGAUCCUCCACAUAUUAAAAAACUCUCCUUCAAAAAUGGUGACUUAUACGUGCAAUGGGAGAAUCCACAGAAUUUUGUUAGCAGAUGCUUGUCUUAUGAAGUAGAAGUCAAUAGCAGCCAAACUGAGACACAUAAUAUUUUCUCCAUUGAAGAGGCUAAAUGUCCAACUUCAGAAUUUGAGAGAAACGUAGAGGACACAAUUUGUUUCAUGGUCCCUGGUAUGCUUCCUGAUACUUUGAACACAGUCAGAAUAAGAGUCAAGACAAAUAAGUUAUGCUAUGAGGAUAACAAACUCUGGAGUAAUUGGAGUCAAGCAAUGAGUAUAGGUAAGGAGUCCAAUUCCACAUUCUACAUUACCAUGUUACUCAUCAUUCCAGUCAUCGUUGCAGGUGCAAUCAUAGUUCUUCUUCUUUACCUGAAAAGGCUAAAGAUCAUUAUAUUUCCUCCAAUUCCUGACCCUGGCAAGAUUUUUAAAGAAAUGUUUGGAGAUCAGAAUGAUGAUACCCUGCACUGGAAGAGGUACGACAUCUGUGAGAAGCAAACUAAGGAAGAAACUGACUCUGUAGUGCUGAUAGAAAGCCUGAAGAAAGCCUCUCAGUGAUGGGGAUAAUUUAUUUUUACCUUCAAUGUGACCUUGUGAAGAUUCUCCCAUUCUCCAUUUGUUAUCUGGGGACUUGUGAAAUGGAAACUGAAACCACUGGACCAUUUAAAAACAGGCAGCUCCCAAGAGCCACAGGUCUUAUGUUGAAUUAUGCACCAAAAAACUGUAAAUAAUGGGUCUUUUAGAGAAGAGAGUGGAGUCAUUCUCAUUGAAUUAUAAAAGCAGACAUCCUUUGCAAAGGCUUCAAACUAGGGGACAAAGCGAAAAGUGACGAUGGCAAUAGAGUUAAUCUUAUCAAGAGUUGUGACAACUUCUUGAAGGACCUAUGCUUGCUUUGUAUUCUUUGUGUCAACACCAACACAUUUUAUCUGUAGGGGAAUUCAUUUUUAGUGCAGAUUCUAAUGUCAAACUUGAGUCACAAAGAACAUCUAGCAAACAAAGUUGAUAAAAUUUGGUAUCUAUUGUUUGGGAUCUCUAUUGUUUGUGACUAUUAAAACUCUUAACAGUC